AUGGGGGGUCCCGAUGCUGCUCCCGCUGAGCCGCGCCGUCUGGCAGCACUUGAGCCAGAGCGCCUGGCACGGAGCCUGUCGGGUCUCAAUGCCGCCUGCGCCCCCCCCCCUUCCGAACGUGAAGGCCGCCUCCUUGCUUCUGUCCCCUCUCCAGCCCUGUUCAGCGUGUCGGACAAGACUGGCCUGGUGGAGCUGGCGCGAUGCCUCCGCUCGCUAGGCCUGGCCCUCGUGGCCUCCGGAGGGACGGCGAAAGCCCUUCGGGACGCAGGCCUGGACGUCAGAGAUGUUUCUGAUCUUACUGGAUUUCCUGAAAUGCUCGGAGGGCGUGUGAAGACCCUCCAUCCGGCAGUCCACGCUGGCAUCCUGGCUCGUGACAUUCCACAAGAUGCUGCGGACAUGAAGAAACUGGAUUUCAGCCUUGUGAGAGUCGUGGUUUGCAACCUCUACCCCUUUGUCAAGACUGUAGAGUCCCCGAAUGUCACCGUCCAAGAGGCGGUUGAACAGAUUGACAUAGGUGGCGUGGCUUUGCUGAGAGCGGCUGCGAAGAACCAUGCCCGGGUGACCGUUGUGUGUGACCCUGGGGACUACACCCUUGUGGCGAAGGAAAUGAAGGCAUCGAGUAAGAACGACACCACGAUGGAGACCCGCCGCCAGUUGGCCCUCAAGGCUUUCACCCACACGGCUCAGUACGACGCGGCCAUCUCCGAUUACUUCCGGAAGGAGUACAGCAAAGGCGUCUCUCACCUUCCCCUGAGAUACGGCAUGAAUCCACACCAGACGCCCGCCCAGCUCUACACGCUCAGGCCUCAGCUUCCCCUGACAGUGCUCAACGGCUCUCCGGGGUUCAUCAACCUGUGCGAUGCCCUGAACGCCUGGCAGCUGGUGCGGGAGCUCCAGCGGGCCCUGGGCCUCCCGGCUGCCACCUCCUUCAAGCACGUCAGUCCGGCAGGUGCGGCUGUUGGCGUACCACUCAGCGAGGAAGAGGCUCACGUCUGCAUGGUGCACGACUUGCUCAAGACUCUGACCCCCUUGGCAGCUGCGUACGCACGGGCAAGAGGGGCUGACCGGAUGUCGUCCUUCGGGGACUUCAUUGCUCUCUCCGACAUCUGUGACGUCCCCACGGCGAAGAUCAUUUCCAGAGAGGUAUCAGAUGGAGUGGUGGCUCCCGGGUACGAGGAAGAAGCCCUGAAGAUCCUGUCCAAAAAGAAGAACGGGGGCUACUGUGUGCUCCAGAUGGACCCGGCCUACGAGCCCGAGGAGAACGAGCUCCGCACCCUCUUUGGCCUGCAUCUCAUGCAGAGGAGGAACGAUGGCCUGGUCGACCGGGCCCUCUUCAAAAACAUUGUGACGAAAAAUAAAAACCUGCCCGAGCCGGCCAUCCGGGACCUGAUUGUGGCCAGCAUCGCCGUCAAGUACACGCAGUCGAACUCGGUGUGUUACGCCAAGGAUGGGCAGGUGAUUGGCAUUGGGGCGGGGCAGCAGUCCCGCAUCCACUGCACCCGCCUGGCUGGAGACAAGGCCAACUGCUGGUGGCUGAGGCACCACCCCCGCGUGCUCGCCAUGAAGUUCAAGAGCGGCGUGAAAAGGGCGGAGAUCUCCAAUGCGAUUGACCAGUACGUCACAGGGACCAUCGGGGAGGAUGAGGAUCUGGCCAAGUGGAAGGCCCUGUUUGAGGAAGUCCCGGCGCUCUUAACGGAGGCGGAGAAGGCGGCCUGGGUGGCAAAGCUGCACGGAGUCUCGCUCAGCUCAGAUGCCUUCUUUCCUUUCCGGGACAAUGUGGACAGGGCUAAACGGAGUGGCGUCCAGUUCAUUGCGGCCCCUUCCGGUUCGGCCGCUGACCAAGUGGUGAUUGAAGCCUGCGAUGAGCUGGGGAUCACACUGGCCCACACCAGCCUCCGUCUCUUCCACCACUGAGGCGCUCCGGAGACACGCGGAAGGGCUUCCUCUUGGCUGACUGGCCUGCAAAGGCCCUCUUCCCGUUCAAUCCAGCCCCCUGCCCAUGCUUCUGUGGGUGUGAAGGCAAAGCCAUGGGUCCUCCCACAAAGGCUACCUUGAAAUGAAAAAUAAAUACACAAAGUGGUCCG